CGGCUAGCGGCCACAAGCUGCCAUUCAUUCGCUUUGAUUGCCAUGGUCUGGAAAACCGGGGACAAACUGGAUUUGUCUCUGGAUGAGCUAGCGGAUUUGGACGGAAAGGUGAGUAUGACCUCCGGCAACACGCGUGUCUUUGUUGGAAAUUUGCCCUACAGCUCCUCAUGGCAAGAUUUGAAGGACCACAUGCGCCAAGCCGGUGAAGUCUUGUUUUGCGAGAUCCUCCCGGAGCCUGGAACUGCGUUGGGUUCUAAAGGCUGUGGUCUCGUGGAAUUUGCUACUCCGGCGGCCGCUCACCGAGCUAUCUCAGAUCUCACCGGCACUGUGGUCCAAGGCCGUAAAAUCUUUGUGCGGGAGGACAGGGAGAGUGAACUGUCGGUUGAAGAAGGAGGCCGCCGAGUGUUUGUUGGGAAUUUGGCUUACAGCGUGAGCUGGCAGGAGCUGAAAGAUCAUAUGCGGCAGUGUGGGGAUGUGCUUCAUUGUGACAUUAUUGCAGAGCCUGGAACUGCCUUGGGGUCAAAAGGCUGUGGUAUUGUGGAAUUUGCUUCUCCCUCGUCGGCACGGCGGGCAAUUGAUGAGAUGACUGACUCAAUGCUUAAAGGAAGGCCAAUCUUUGUCCGAGCAGAUCGAGAAGAGCAGAGCACGUAUGGAAACUUCCAAGACGAGCGUGACAGGUUCCGAAAACAUGAGCGCUUUGGGAGAGCCCGCAGUCGGUCGAACAGUAUGGGCCGCCGUCAAUGGCGUCCUGUUCGAGGAGCAGGGGCAAGCCUUUAUGACACGGAGCGGACUUCAAGUCAAGGCUGCAGACGCGUUUUCGUGGGAAAUUUAGCCUACAGCGUGACCUGGCAGGAACUCAAGGACCACAUGCGACAAGCAGGCGACGUGCGGUUCUGCGAGAUUCUCAAGGAGCCUGGCACAACGCUAGGUUCCAAGGGUUGUGCUAUAGUGGAGUACGGGUCGGCCUACGAGGCUAGGCGAGCAAUUCGGUCCAUGACAGAUACAGAGCUGAGGGGAAGGAGAAUGUGGGUGCGAGAGGACCGGGAGGAGAUAUGAAGCCAACCAGCGCGGCAACCGGAAGAAAAGAGUUCAGACUUUGAGACGCUACUAGUAACAAGUGCAUCGCUACUAGUAACAAGUGCCACGCUACUAGUAACAAGUGCCUUACUACUAGUAACAAGAAGCUACUAGUAA